AUUUUCUCUAAAAGAAAUGGAGUGUCUAAUGACAUAGGACAGUAUUUAUUUAUCUUCUAUCUGCACUCACGUUUUAAAAGUGGCCAACGCCUUCUAUGAUACAUCCCUCGCCCUUUUUAUAGCCUCCACCGAUCUCCACCAUGCCCCGCCGGUAAACCCUUGCUCUGUACUACCCACCCCUCCCCUCCUUCUCCCUCUCUCUAUCGCAUACAUCUUCUGAUGAAGGCAUAAGCACAAUACAGAAACCAGACAGAGAUUUCCGAAGCAAUUUGUUCAAUCAGGCCAUCGAUUCAUUUGUAAGUGUGCAUUAUAUCUACGGCGGUCGCAAAUUCGUCCGCUCUCGUAUUGGAUUGUUGAUUUUGAUUCAAUUGAUCGGAUCGACAGUGUUGAUGGCGUCGUCUAUCAUCUCUAAUCCGGUGAUUGGCUCUGAAAGUAGAGCGGCGGCGGCUCGGAGGAAGAAGAAGAGGAGCCAAAUUCCGGCUUCUCAAUCUCCGAACGAGAACAACAUCAAAUCUGCCGUCGAAUGGAAAUCCGAAGCUCAACAACAAGUCUACUCUUCCAAGCUGCUCAAAGCGCUCCGACAGGUGCGGUCGAAUUCGACGCCGGGGGCCAAGGGCGGCAGAGCCGUGCACGAAGUCGCGGAUAGAGUUUUGGCCGUAGCCGCCAAAGGUCGCACCAGGUGGAGCCGCGCCAUCCUCACGAAUCGGCUGAGGCUGAAGUUCAUGAAGAAGCACAGUAAAAAGCAGCGAGUAGUUUCUCCGGCCGUCUCCGGGAACAGCCGGCCGCCGAAGAAAUCUAGAAUAAGUAUCCUCCGCCUGAAAACGAAAAAUUUGCCAACAGUACAGAGAAAGGCCCGAGUUCUCGGCCGGUUGGUUCCCGGGUGCAGGAAGGAGCCGCUGCCGGUGAUUCUAGAAGAAGCCACUGAUUAUAUCGCUGCUCUAGAGAUGCAAGUUCGAGCUAUGAGCGCUUUAGCUCAACUCCUAUCCGGCGGCGGUUCUUCUUCCUCCGCCGCUCUGAAUCCGUUUGGGCCGAGCCGGCCUCCCCAAACCUGAUUAAGAAUUUGAUGUGUCAUUUUUUAAAGCUUUUCUAUUAUCCUGCUCUCAUAUCUCUUAAUCGCAUAUGAUAAUGAACAUUCUCUGCUAAAUAUGUCUCAUUCUUUUUCUUGAUUUGGAAUUGGAAUGGAGUAGGAAUUUUACUUGUUUAUCUUGUCUUAAUCUGCAUUGAUUACCAGUAAAUGAAAACAAGAUGAGGAAAAUUCACCUCCUCCGUAGUUUGUGC